AUGGAAAGUUCAAUUACGACAAACAUCAUUGCCAAACAAAGUCUCAAUGGAUUACAACUAACCGAUAUAUUAGAUAAAGAGGACAAAGAGUGGUCUACUAAUGUCCUCUGCCUCAACCAGUUGCAACACGGGGGAGAACAACAUAAUAUCAGGCCAUUAGGCAGACCCAUUAUUGAACCAAGUAAGUCGAAUAGAUCACCACGGUCAAUUAUAUGUCAGGAUCUUUAUUGGUCUCUAGACGGUCGGUGUGUCACAGCAGUGACUGAUGAUCAUGCAAUAAGGCGAUACAUGAUAGCUCAUGAUUCAAAUGGUAAGACGAUAUUACAAUUAACAAAUCGUGUUUUCAAGAAUCAAACAAUUGUAUCGUCAGAAAUGGUACCAAAUGAUACAUCUACAAUAGCGAUAGAUAAUCCAGGAGAAAAAAUUCUUAUAGGGUCUAGAAAUUUACCAAUCCAAUUAUAUUCUUUAAAUUCCACGAAUGAUGACGUCACAAGCGAUACUCCUCUUUUCACGUAUUCUACAAUGAAUCCACAGAAUGAGGUCUUUGAGACCCCGUAUAGUAUAAGUUCCUUAACACAAGAAACUUUUCUUGUGGGUUCAAUUAGAAAUUCAGUCUCAUUGUAUGAUAUUUCAUGUAAGGAACCGAUACGGAAUAUACGAUCUGAUAAGAUUAAAUCUGGGAAAGCCCAAUAUAAGUCUAUUGUCUCAUGUUUUGAUGAAGGAUGCACAGGUGUUACUAAUAGUAACGGUCAUAACGAUAAUUAUUUAAGGACAAAAUAUUUUGGAACUUAUAAGAAUGAAAUAUAUCGAGUUGAUCUUAGAGUAAACCGUAAAGGAAUGGAUUGUGUACAACAGAAUAACAAAAAAGGAAAUGGGAUAUAUCAAUUGCUUAAAAGUGAAAAUGGAUUGUAUCUAUAUGUGGUAAAGAGGCAAAGUAAUCAAAUCAGUAUAUAUGAUAUAAGAAAACAUGGAUCUUGUCUCAAUAGUUUAAAAUUACCAUUUAUGAUAAAGAAUCAAAAAUUUAAGGCGAAUAUAUCAAGUUUCAAUGGGUUAUCCAUAGGGACUACAGCUAAUAAUAUUAUAAAUUGGGAGAGAAGUAUCGUGGAGUCUGGAGGUAUUACAAGGCAUGAUUAUGAAUUAGAUAUUAAAUUUUCCGAUAAUAAAAGUAUAUUAACAACGAUGACAACUUCGAUUGGUGGCUCGAUCGAAGAACAUCCAAUCGGUACACAACAAGAACGACGGAUAAAUAUUGUAAAGCAGAAUCCUGAAUACUUGGAUCAAACGGUUGUCUCAUAUUCUCCGGAUAAAACUGCGUUACCAAAUAUCACACAAGACGCCUCAGGAAUAUGUCUGAUUGAUACACCUUGA